AAAGAGGUGCUACUAAUUAAGUGAGGAUAAUCUUUUUAUUUACAUCGUUCAGAUAACGUAUUGCAGGAUGCGUCGGUUACAGAUCAAAUGUACAGAAAGCCCGUAAGCGGAACCCGUGAAGUGUGCGCUGUUUUACGGCACGUUAUCGGUGAGUUUUAUGGUCCAACCAACCUUUGCUCUUCUGUUUUCUCUGCACGCUCUGCUCAGAGAUUUACAAGCAGUGUGUCUGUGUUUGAUGUCUGCCUUUCCCUGACACAUACGGAGAGAACACACACACACACACAUACAGAGAGAACACACACACACACACAUACAGAGAGAACACACACACGCACACACACGUGUACAGUGAAUAUUAAAAGAUCGCCACGCCUGAAUGACAUGGCAGGUUUUUAAAAUGUGAAGACAAAAGCAGGGGACAGAUUUGUUCCUCUCUUGUCGCUAUAUCCUCCUUCAAACAAAAGUCCACAUGGGGAAAAAACUGUUGCUGAUAACAAGGAACAUUUAGGAUAAACAAGCUCAACAUUGAUGGAUUAGGAAAGAGAAGGACAACCCUUUUUGGGGAAAAAAGGAGCAUCCAAGCCCAUAUAAAUGAUGCCGCCAUACUAAUGUAUUCAAGCCCAAGUCAUGCUGUAAAAUGUGUAAUGGUCCGAUGAGAAGAAGAUUGAAUGUUCUUUUACGGGAAGCUCAAAAUACAUCCACGCUCACCAAGGAGCAGCAUGCGUCUCCUCUCGGUGUGUGGACUGACUACGUGCUCAGAGACAACAACCUCGGCAGUCAUUGGUCCUUCGUGUGUUACUGUGAGUUUUCAGAUCUGAGCAAGCAUAUUAAAGUACACAAAGUGAAGUAUAAGAUCAUUAUUGGGGAUCCUGAUAUCACCCACAUGAUCGCGACCAGCUGCAAAUUCUACAAGCUUGUAAUUCACACUGACCUUGGAACCACACCGACGUGGCCCCGCCUCCGUGCCUCCAAAGGUUGUAUAUUAACAACCUGAGGUGGAGGACAGGUGAGAAGCCACGGAGAGGUCGUGAACGUGUCCGAGCAGAACAAAGACAAGGACUCUGGAUGUUGCUCUUGUGAAGUCAGCUUCCCGAACCCGGAUCAGACAGCAACAUACAAAAACUUAAGAGGAAUUAGUUGUAGUUUGUUCGCGGGGGAACUGCUAAACUCUGGAAGAGACCAGCCAAGAGGACAAUCCCGAAAAGCCUUUAACGGAUCAUGGGCUCUCUUUAACCCUCACGGCUGAAGAUGGGAACAUGGUGGUGGUUGUGCCUCUUGGCGGUUGUUGCCGCUCCGUGUCGGGGCGUUGAACAGUGUCUGGAAGGGGUCACCAUCAAUGUGAUCCUGCUGGAGGAUGAAGAGUCUCCGUGGAGUCUGAGGCUCGUCAAGGACAAAAUACUGAAGGCAAUUGAGACGGAUUCCACCAUUAAUGCUGCAGAAGGGACAGGAUUUAAUCUCACGGCCAAUUUUGGCGGGUUCAGACCGACCUUUUAUCGGCAGACAGGAUGCAAGAGCGGCGCGUGUGAGGCAGUGGACGAGCUGAAGAGCCUGAUGAGUAAAGGCUCUCUGGGAUGUGCCGUGCUUGGCCCCGUCUGCACCUACGCUACUUUCCAAAUGUUUGAUGCGGAAACGGGUCUGAAGCUCAGCACGCCCAUCCUCUCGGCGGGAAGCUUCGGCCUCUCCUGCGACUACAUGCUCAACCUCCAACGCCUGCUGCCGCCGGCACGCAAGAUCUCUGACUUCUUCAUCAACUUCUGGAAAGACAACAACAAGAUCAAACCUGCCUGGGAGACGGCCUACGUUUACAAGAAACAGAGCAACACGGAGGAUUGCUUUUGGUACAUUAAUGCACUGGAUGCAGACUCGGGCGAGUUUGCCCACAAAAUCGAGAGAAAUGUGCUGCGCAAACCAGCGGAACUGAAUGAUGUGCUGGCGUCACCCAAGAACAGGACAAGCAACCUGUUUAUCAUGUGUGGAUCCCCAGCGGACAUAGAGGAGGUGAAAAGAGGCUCCAAACUUGCAGACAACAGUGAUAUUAUCUUCAUCCUCAUUGACCUUUACAAUGAUCAGUACUACACCAACACAUCGUCAAUGCCGUUCAUGAGGAACGUGUUGGUGCUGACUAUGCCAAACACCAGAAACUACACUAUCAACACGGACCUGAGAGACAACCACACGAUGAACGAUUACGUGGCCGCGUACCAUGAUUCAGUGCUGCUGAUAGGCGAGGUGAUGAGGGAAAUUCUUAAAAAAACUCCCUCCGAGAUUCAGCAGAUGGAGUUUGUCAAUGUGAAUUACUUCAGAAACAUCUCCUUCAAUGGAAGUGCUGGAAACUACAAGCUGGACUAUCAUGGAGACAGAGACGUGAACCUCUCGGUCAUUUACACCACCAAUGACAUCAAGUACCGACCUCUAUUCACAUUCGACACCGAGCUCGGCAAAACGAAAGUGGUUGAAACGGACCCUUCCUUCAUCUGGGGAACAAAACUUCCUAAUUUCCGGCCAGACGAAGUCCUGGCAUUUCAUGACAUCAUUGUCAUCGUGUUGGCUGUGACAGUGGCGGUCGUGGCCACCAUCGCAUUCAUUUUCUUCAAACAGAACAGGAGAGAGCGUCAGCUCAGGCAGCGCUGGUUCCACAUCCCCUCUGAUCUCGUGACGGUGCUGGAGAAAGACCAGCUCACCAACGUCAUCUCUCUGAAGAUUGAAAACGAGAGGAAAACCAAGCAAAUCCAGAUCCGCCGGGCGCUCUACGAUAAGAAGAUUGUGAUUCUGAAGGAGCUGGAGUACUCGGAUGCAGACAUUAACCAGAUGAUGGAGCUGAACGCACUGAAACAAAUCGAUUACUCAAACCUCACAAAGUUUUACGGCACAGUGAAGAUCGAUCAGAGCGUGUUCGGGGUGUUUGAGUUCGGAGAGCGGGGGUCGCUCAGGUACGUGCUGAACGACAAGGUGUCGUACCCAGAAGAAACCUUUGCAGACUUGGAGUUCAAGAUCUCCGUCAUGUACGACAUCGCCACGGGCAUGUCCUACCUCCACGCCAGUAACCUCCAGGUGCACGGGCGCCUCAAGUCCACUAACUGUGUGGUGGACAAUCGCAUGGUGGUGAAGAUCACAGACUUUGGCUGCAAUAGCUUCCUCAACCCCGGGAAAGACCUGUGGACCGCCCCGGAGCAUCUGAGGAAACACGGCACCUCUCAGAAAGGAGACGUGUACAGCUUCGCCAUCAUCGCGCAAGAGAUUGUGCUCAGAAAGUGCACCUUCUACACCGAGAGCUGCUCCGACCGAGCAGAAAAGCUUUCCAAGGUCAUCAUGUCCUACUUCAGACCGGAUCUGAACUUUGAGACGGCUUCGGAUAGAGAAUUAAAGGUCUACAUGUUAAUAAAAAGCUGUUGGGAUGAGGAUCCAGAAAAAAGACCUGACUUUAAGAGGGUGGAGACGUGUUUGGGGAAAAUCAUCAGUGAAAUUCAUAACCGGGACAACGAGAGCUACAUGGACAACAUGAUAAGAAGACUGCAGAUGUACUCCAGGAACCUGGAGCACCUGGUGGAGGAGAGAACGGCCCUCUACAAGGCGGAGAGGGACAGAGCGGACUGCCUCAACUACAUGCUGCUUCCCGGCCCGGUGGUGAAAAGUCUGAAGGAGAGCGGCGUGGUGGAGCCGGAGCUGUACGAGGAAGUGACGAUAUACUUCAGCGACAUCGUGGGUUUCACCACCCUGUGCCAGUACAGCACACCGAUGGAAGUUGUGGACAUGCUCAACGAUCUCUACGGCGGCUUCGACGCCAUCGUCGACCACCACGACGUGUACAAGGUGGAGACGAUCGGCGACGCCUACAUGGUGGCCUCCGGGCUCCCGAAGCGGAACGGGAACAGGCACGCGGUGGAUGUCUGCCGCAUGGCGCUGGACAUCUUGGCGUUCAUCGGUAACUUCCAGCUGAGACACCUGCCGGGGAUCCCGGUGUGGAUACGCAUCGGCGUUCACUCAGGUCCCUGUGCCGCAGGCGUCGUGGGGAUAAAGAUGCCCAGAUACUGUUUGUUUGGAGACACGGUCAACACAGCGUCUCGUAUGGAGUCCACUGGACACCCCCUGCGGAUCCACGUCAGUCAGCCGACUAUAGAUAUCCUGCAGAGGACGGACUGCGAGUUUGAGUACGAGGUCAGAGGAGAAACGUAUCUGAAGGGUAAAGGCACUGAGACCACCUGCUGGUUGACGGGCGAGAAGGGCGAAGACUACGACCUCCCAACUCCACCCACGACUGAGAACUUCCAGCGGCUGCAGCAGGACCUCGCCAACAUGACCCUGGCGUGUCUGGAGCGGCGCUCUCGGGGCUCCGUCCGGAGGAAGAAGACGCUCUCGUGGCAGAGCGAGGAGGCGGAGUCUGAGAGCGACCAACCCGAGUACCUGCAUCUGGCCACUGUGGAUAACACCCUCAGCACGUUCCUGUAGCUGUGAAGGCCGCGUCCACACUACCUCCAAGUAGUGUCAGCGCACAUGUGGACCUUUGUCCGGCAUAUUCAGGUUCAUUGACAGUUUAAAUAUGCAACUUUUUUUACCGCUUAGUCUAAACUCUGGUUAUAUGGAUUUCAAAUGAUCCUGGAAAACAUGAAAUACGAGAAAUUGCAAUUACUCCCCACUGCUUAAUAAGGCGGUAAUAUAUAUUUAUAUAAUGAUGAAUGUAUCGUAUCAGCAGACGAUGUGGGUGGAGCUUAAUUGUUAAGUAAAGAUGACACGAUGCAAGACAAAUUAGCGACUAAUUGUUUAAGCAAAAGUUUAUUUUGGAUUUUACUUUCUCUUUUACUAAUACUUUAUUCUUGAAUCAUAUUCUAUGAGAGCGCUAUACUGAAUAUAAUCAUGUAUUCCAUUUGGAUUAAAUAGAUCCAGGCCCUUAUUAAUAUCCCAUAUAAAAGUUAUAAACAAGGCUCUAAAGAAACUUGAUCAAGUUAUUUACUGAGUGAAAGGACACGAUAUUCAUCAGGUGACUUAUUCCUUCUUACAGCAAAGUAUAGGAUUAACUUCAAGGAGCUCUUAUUACAUAAUCACACGUACGCUUCGAGCACAAAUAGGCAAUAAAACAAAGGAUUAAACCUUUGUCUGCUGUCAUGUUAAUAGUUAUUUUAAUUUCAUUUCUGUGGAAGCCAUAACGCAUGUAGUUAUUUCACUGGUUACUUUAUAUUCAUUUGUAUUUCGUGACCAAGCGGCAGCCAGGAGCUCGAACCGCAGUCGCUUCUCUGGAACAUUUCAACCUGAGAUCAACUCGAGGCCACAUACUGCUUUCUUAUUCCACUGAAUUUCAAUGACGUGGGCUCAUCUGCCUAAAAAAAAAAAUUUCAAAUACGUAUCUUAAAACAAAAAGGCAAAUAUUUUAUUCAUGUUUUGGUGACAUUCAUUUCUAUUAAAUUAAAGAAAAACUUUCUGUCACAUUGUGGAAAACGUUGUGAAUUGUUCAGGUGAAAAAACUAAACAAAAUAAAACCACAGCGGUUCUUGGAGCCCGUUCA